GCGAAAGGACCAUGGCGUGGACACAGCUGAAAAAGCGGGCCCAGGAUGCCUUGGUCAUCCUGGGGGGUGGAGGACUGCUCUUUGCCUCUUACCUGACGGCCACGGGGGAUGAGCAUUUCUACGCUGAACACUUGAUGCCGACUCUGCAGGGGCUGCUGGACCCCGAGUCAGCCCACAGGCUGGCUGUUCGUGUCACCUCCCUGGGGCUCCUUCCUCGCGUCACAUUUCAAGACUCCGACAUGCUGGAAGUGAGAGUCCUGGGCCAUAAAUUCCGAAACCCCGUAGGAAUUGCCGCAGGAUUUGACAAGCACGGGGAGGCUGUGGACGGACUGUACAAGAUGGGCUUUGGUUUUGUUGAGAUAGGCAGCGUUACCCCAAAACCUCAGGAAGGAAACCCCAGGCCCAGAGUCUUCCGCCUCCCCGAGGACCAGGCCGUCAUUAACAGAUACGGAUUUAACAGUCAUGGGCUCUCGGUGGUGGAACACAGGCUACGGGCCAGACAGCAGACGCAGGCCAGGCUCACAGAAGGUGCUGCAGGAGAGGGAUGCCCUGAAGGGAGCGCACAAACCGGCCCUGCUGGUGAAGAUCGCACCCGACCUCACGGCCCAGGACAAGGAGGACAUCGCCAGUGUGGUGAGAGAGUUGGGCAUCGAUGGUUUGAUUGUGACGAACACCACAGUGAGUCGCCCUGCCAGCCUCCAGGGUGCCCUGCGCUCCGAAACAGGAGGGCUGAGUGGGAAGCCCCUCCGGGACUUAUCAACGCAAACCAUCCGGGAGAUGUACGCACUCACCCAAGGCAGAGUUCCCAUCAUCGGGGUUGGCGGUGUGAGCAGCGGGCAGGACGCCCUGGACAAGAUCCAGGCAGGGGCCUGCCUGGUGCAGCUGUACACGGCCCUCACCUACUGGGGGCCGCCUGUGGUGGGCAGAGUCAAGCGGGAGCUGGAGGCCCUUUUGAAGGAGCAGGGUUUUCCCAGCGUCACAGAUGCCAUUGGAGCAGACCAUCGGAGGUGAGGUCGUUGUCGGUGGGAAGCCCGGUCCAGACCCUUCUUCCCACGAAGUCAGGCGAGCCUUUGUGGCUGGAUCAAGAGAGGGAGGGCUGUGUCUCAGGCCACGUUCGAAAACCACAGGAGCCCUUUCUCUGAGGCCCGGCGGACUGUCAAAGCCACUUGUGAGGGUCCCAGAACCAACACAAGGCUUUCUUCAGUCACCUGCCAGAAUGAACUGCAUCCGGGACCUUUUCCAGACUCAAGUCCCGGGAUCCUUUAAUAUUGCAAGGACAUUAGCUAUUUGGGGGUUU